AGAGAAGGAGGAAGGAAGAGCGUAGGAGAGGCCGACAUUGACACAAAUGCUCAGAUCCAAGUGACGGGGCUGAGGAGGAUCAACGGGUCGGCCGUCACACGUGUCUGUCUGCAGUCAUGUCCUCCAGAACCGACAGUAAGACAGUCUCACAGUUCGCAUCCCUCACUUUGAGGCUGAAGAAGAAGCUCCAGUCACCGCAGACACGACAGUUUGAGCGAAUCAAACAGCCCUCGUCACAGAGAUCCAAACCAGCGGACCUGAACCUGCAGCCACAGUCACUAGGGUUGUUAUCAGAGCAGCAGCAGGCCGUCGUCACAUCUCUGCAGUACUUCAAAGCUCUGGUGGACAGAUUGGGAGUGGACAGACCUGGAGAGAACAAACUGGCCCUAGACCAGUCUAUGGUGGGCGGCCUGCUGGGCGGAGCCUCUGGUGGAGUCCUGGAGGCCGUUCAGAUUCUGGUGCAACUGGAGCCACACCUGCGGAACAGGAAAUCCAUCUCUGCCUGUCUCACCCGUCUCUACCGUUCACUGGCCCACCUGAUUAACUGGGUUGAUCAGGUGAUCCUACAGGGCGUCUCCCAUGACAACAAAGAGUCCACAGAGAGCGUUACCACGGUGAUCAGGGGGGUGCUGAACAAUGUCAAGGAACUUGUUCGACUCGCUGGAGAGAGACGGGAAUGCUCCGCCCCCUCAUCUCCUGUUCAAUCGCAGUCAGGAUUGUUUGGUGAUCAGAAGACAACCGAGAAAACUUCCCCCUGCAGGAGUGCCGCAGAAAAUGAUGGGGGAUUAAAGAUGGAGACAACAGGAGAGGAGGAAGUUGACUUAGCUCCUCCAAAACCUGUCAUGCCCCUCCUCCAUGUGACCCCACCACCAGGACUGAAUCCUCCAGCUCUGCCUCCUAAAAGGCGCUCAUCAUCAUUGGUUCCCGCCCCCGUCCCCUUCCUCGCCCCUUGCAAGGUUGCCAUAGUAGCACCAAUGAGACACGAGCCUGAAGCAGACACACAGCUUGAACAGGAGUUGGAGGACGACUGUUUGAAGCGGUUCUCUUCUUCUUCUGCAGACUCAGUGUACACCAUGAACUCUGAGGACGAUCCAGACUACGAGUUCCUCCUCAAGGACCUGUCCUCGUCUGAAGCGCUGCCCCCUCUCCCGUCCACCGUGCCCCCUGCCCUGCCCCCUGCCCUGCCAGAGAAGACACGCCGCAGCUCCGCAGGUGUUCUUCAUUCAAACAGCCCGUCUUCUUUUGACUUUGAGUCCCCCCCUUUGGACGACCCGAGCUACGAUGAACCCGAGUCCGAGUGUCUGUCCCCCACCAAGACGCCCCCGCCCCUCCCUGAGAAGAAACGCCACAUCCAUCAGUACCUGCAGAUCUGUUCGUCCUACAGCGAUCAGUCUCCAGUUGAGUUCUAUCAGCGGCCGCCGCUCCUCAGUCAGAGGAACAUCAGCAGGCAUCGGGAGUUGGAUGCCGUCGACCCGCUGUCUUCUUCACACCCGGAUGUACAGUCCUUGCCCUCACCUGAGCUCCCCCCAGCACCUGCUCUUCCACCAAAGAAGAAGCAGCAGGAUUCAAAUGACAAACACACCGAAGAGGGUCAGAAUGAUGAGAGUUUCCAGAGCAUCCACCCGGAGACGGACCUCUGGCAGAGGAGUGAAGAGCAGCAGCAGGAGGAGCUGUUUCUGACCAAUCAGCAGGAGAUCCAGCAGAGAAUCACCCUGAAGUCUGAGGAGGAGGACGGGCCGGAUGUGAAAGCAGCCACCCCUGAGAUCUUAUUGGUCCACGCCACAGCGCCCCCCAGCAACGAGCAGGACCUGUAUCGCGAGGCCUUCCUCUGCACCUACCGGAGCUUCAUCAGUCCAAAUGAGAUCAUCAGCAAACUGCAGCGCAGGUACAGACACCUGUGUGAGCAGCAGGAACCUGCAGACCUGACAGCCACCAAACACACGUUCCAGCUGCUGGUCCGAGUGGUGGACGACCUCAGUGCCGUGGAUCUGGAGGACGAUCUGCUGCUUCUGCUGAUGGAACUGGUUUUCAGUCUUCUCAUUGGUGGAGAGCUGGGACCUGCCCUCCUGCUGCACUCCAACAUCCUGUCCAAGAUGGAGAAGAGGUGGCAGCUGAUUGGUUCUCCUCAUUCGCUCUGCCCACUUGCUGCCAGGGGCGUUGCUGCCAGGCCAGGGACCCUGCUGGACUUCAGGAGUCAGGACUUAGCCGAGCAGCUCACUCUGCUGGACUCUCGGCUCUUUCACAAGAUUGAGCUUCCGGAGUUGUUGCUUUGGUCCAAAGAGCAGAAUGAGGAGAAAAGUCCAAACCUGACAGAGUUCACGCAACACUUCAACAACGUCUCUUUCUGGGUUCGUUCAGUCGUCAUCCUUCAGGAUAAACCUCAGGACAGAGAGAAGCUGCUGCUCAAGUUCUUGAAGAUAAUGAAGCAUCUGAAGAAGCUGAACAACUUCAACUCGUACUUGUCCAUACUGUCAGCGUUGGACUCCGCUCCCCUGCGCCGCCUGGACUGGCAGAGAAGUACUUCUGAGACUCUGGAGGAAUACAGCUCUCUGAUUGACAGCUCAUCUUCUUUCAGGGCCUACAGAGCAGCUCUGGCUGAGGUGGACCCUCCUUGUAUACCUUACCUGGGCUUGAUUCUUCAGGAUUUGACUUUUGUCCACCUUGGAAACCCUGAAACGUUAUUGACAUCACAGGGGUCGGCGGUGAACUUCUCCAAGCGCUGGCAGCAGUUUAACAUCCUGGACACUCUGAGGAGCUACCAGCAAGUGGGCUACUCUCUGCAGCCCGACGAUGACAUCAUAUCCUUCUUCAACGACUUCAAUGAUCACCUGGCGGAGGAGGCUCUGUGGGAACUCUCUCUGAGGAUCCGCCCCAGGAAUACUCCUCGCUCCGCUCAGAGAUGAGCACCAGCCAGUCAGAGAGCACUGUGACUGGAGACAUGUUUGCAGGACACUUUCGCUGAUUUUUUUCAAGUUCUGCACCAAUGCAUGCAUGUUGUAACAUAGAAUGAGGUGGAAACUUGGCUCUAACCUGUGCUGGAACCAAACUGGGCCGAUACUACUCUGCGACAUCCAGGCUGGCAAGAAAGUUGACUUUUACUAUCCUGACUGGUGCAACAGCUGGGAUCCUUGGGAAAACGCAAGCUCGCCUGGAGCUGGACGGAUUUGAUGUACAGAAACCAAUGCUUCACAAAACUAGUUCACUUAACCCCGAGCGAGAGGGUUUCAGAGAGCAAAGUGACUCAUUCUGGGAGGGUGAUACAGACGACUUGUCAACUCUCUUUCCUUCGCUGAAGCAGCCGUAUUGCACCAUUGUCUGAUUAUGGGAUUAUAUGAUUGCACUAAUAUGUUCAGUUCUAGUGAACUAAAACAGAAAGGUCUCUUCUGCUUUUCUAUGCAUUACCAUGGUGAAUCGGGUGAAUCUUUGUAUCAGACUUCCACUGAUGAUGCUUUGAUAGUCUCAACAUACUCAGACUCAACAUACUCAGAGGUUUUCAAUUCAAUUUUAUUUGUAUAGCGUCUAAUACAACAAAAGUUGUCUCUAGACGCUUUCCAGAGACCCAGAACAUAAACCCCCGAGCAAUUAUUACAUAAACAAUGGCAGGUAAAAACUCCCCUUUAGGAGGGAAGAAACCUUGAGCAGGACCAGGCUCAUAAGGGGAGAGUUGACUGAAACAACACUGAACUGAAAACUCAGAGUUUCUGAACUCCAAGUUUUUUGACCCUGAGUUUGUUGGACCUCCUUGGUGAAACAGGCCCCUGGACCGUUAGGACUUCCUGUUUCUCUUGUUAACACCGGCUUCACCUGGUGAAGGUUUCGAGUCUGAAAUAGUGGGUUGUCCUAGUCAUAAUUAAUGCCAGUUAGGCUCAGCUGCAGUUAUGGAUCCUCGGCGCAGUUGUUUCCAAUGAUUCUUGUUCAAAGCUGAACUUGUCUCAGCUGAGCAGAAGCCAUUAAACUCUCCCACUGAAUUCAAACCCUAUCUUGAACAUCCACGAGGUGAUAGUGGGGAACCAUCUGGACAGAUAGAGACCCCUCUCAGAACCAGACUAAGGUGACCACAGACCAACCUUCUGCAACGUCACCCGUGGGUUUCUGAAGACCACUCCUGAGGUCCACGUCUGGAAGUUCUGCUGCUCGUCAUGGAAGAGCUGACAACAUUAAAAUUCUGUUUAUGAGUGGCUCCUCGCUUUAACUUAUAAUGCCAGAUACAAAUGUCAUCUCAAGGCACUUGAGGCCAUCUAGAGUA